AUGACCAUGCCCACAGCCCACAUCUUCCUAAGACUACCCAUCCUCUUCAUCACCUUCAACUUGAUCGCAGCGUUUAUCCCCUCUGCUCUUUGCGAUGACGAUGCUCAAUACGCAGAGUGCCGCAAUACCUACGACUGCGGUUCGCUUAAAAACAUAUCCUACCCUUUCUGGGCAGCCAACAGUCGGCCCCAACACUGCGGGCGAGAAGGCUACCAACUCACCUGCCGAGAUGAUCAAAAAACUGUUAUCAGAAUUGAAGACCAAGAUUUCCUUGUCUUGGACAUUAGCAGGGAAGUUUACAUCAUCACAAUUACUCGCCUAGACCUCUGGGACAGUCCUUGCCCUAGCAGGCUCGUCAACACCACUUUGGACUACGAUCGUUUCGCUUACGUUCAAGCUGUCCGGAACCUGAUUUUGUACUACGGAUGCGUUCCUCACAGGGAGACAAUCCCAAAUAACUUUACUUGCAAAAUAGAGGGUACCCAAAAGGAUCUUGCGUUCUAUAUAGACGACUCUAUCUCGAGGCUUACUCCUCAUCAGAAUGAGACCAUGUGCUUCAACAAUAUCAGUGUCCCCAUAAUGUGGACGGGUGUUGAUCUUCUGCAUCAGAAUCCCACGGUGGACGUACUGCAACAAGUUUUGAAGCAAGGCUUCAAGGUUGAGUACAAGGCCAACUGGGAGCUCUGUGGGCUAUGCAUGCGCUCUAAUGGAACCUGCGGAUCCAACAACACCACUGACUCUUUUCUCUGCUUUUGCGGGGGCCAUCCUUAUGAGGAAACCUGUCCAAAUUCUGGAGAAUUUGGAGAUACCACUUCAGAUUACGAACUUUUAAUUAGAAAUGGGAUGGCUGAAUAA